AUGUCCAGCCAACAUGAUACAACCUUAGACCAGAUAAGCGAUGAAUUGAUCGCUGAAUGCAAGGCAGUAAAAUGUGAUGGUGGGUUCUUGUCCGGCGAUCUUAUGCGGCGGAUUGAAAAUCUACCACAACUAGACCGUAAGAAAGUUGCAGAAAAACAAACAGAUGGAUCCUGUUCGGCGCUUUUCAUCGCAUGCAAUCAAGGAAACAUCCAGAUCAUCGAAUAUUUGAUAACUUUGUGCGAUGCCAACAGCGACCACACGAAUUAUCACCGGUGUGAGGAUGAUCGGAUGCAGAAUAUCACUCCACUGGGUAACGCUUGCGCUACAGGAAAUAUUAGGGUCGUGAAAUGCCUCAUCCGAUUAGGAUGCGAUGUUGACGGACCCUCUGAAGGCGGUGCAACACCACUGCAAAUAGCAUGCCUUAAAAGCCAACGUUCAAUUGUUCGUUAUUUGAUUCGACAUGGAGCAGAUUUACGGAAGCCGAGCUACGAUGGUACAACCUGUCUUAUGAACGCGGUUCAAUCGGUACCAAUAAUGUGUGAUCUGAUCAUCAACGGAGCAGAUGUGAAUGCAGCUGACUUCCACAACAAUGCCGCACUGCACUAUGCUAUUAAACGACGCAACCUUGAGUCAAUUUGUCUGCUGCUACGAUACGGAGCCGAUCCGUUCGUCAAAAACUGUGACGGUGAUGACGCUCUGCAGUCUGCGUGCAUUCAUGGGGCAGAUGAAAUUGCCGAUUAUCUCAUGGAUCUGAAUAGCUAUUCGCCCCAAAGAUUGGCUGAUGCUAAUGAACUUCUCGGAUCCUCGUGCAUCGAUGUUGAUUCCGACAGGCAGAAAGCAUUGCAAUAUUGGCGAAAAGCCCAUUACAUUCGGUCGAGUGGUAUUAACUACAUCCCGAAGACACCACCAAUUUCACGACGAUGCGCAUUCGAGAACGCGAUUGAGUUCACAACAAGAAACGCAUUGGGGCAAAUAGCUGCAAAUGAUGACGCUCUCAGAAUGCAGAGUUUGCUAAUUUGUGAAAGAAUUCUCGGAAUAGACCACGAAGAAACAUUACGAAGAUUGAUGCGGCAGGGUUCAAUGUACGAGUAUUCCUUCCGCUUCCAGCGGUGUUUGGAUAUGUGGCUAUUGGCGCUGCAGAUUCGAAUUCAAAAACAUUCCAUUUUACACUCCGAUACCAACGAAACAGCACAAUCCAUCGUAAUGCUGAUGAUGGAAGAGUUGGACGGUCAGAGCCACAAUUCCACAAUACCACAAUUCCAAACAGUUUUGACUGUGUUUCGAAUUUUGUCAUCAAACAUUAUCCAGAAACGCCAUCUAAUAGAGGUACAAUCAUCCCAACAGCAACAGAAAAACUACGAUCAGAUCGUCCGAUGUCUAAUACAUCUGAUAUGGAUUCUAGUUUGCACGGCAAGAUGCGAGGUAGAAAAUGAGUUGAUUAGAAACUCAGUUCUGAAGUUGACCCCAAACGACAUACGAAGUUUCAUAAGCAACAACACGCUUCUGCACCUAUCCGUCAGCAGUUCGAAUUUGUUUACAGAGGAAGAUUCCGUCGGAGCUAGCAGUGUGUUCCCUAAUUUAAAAGUAACGAAGCUACUGCUGAAAUGUGGAGCUAACGUCAACGCGCUGAAUAGAAGAAAAUCUACACCUCUACACCUCGCUUCCCUGGAAUGCAACCAGAGUGGAGAAAUCAUUCAAACCCUAGUCGACCAUGGAGCCCACAUCGAUCUACCGAACAUGGAUGACCACCGGCCAUCAAAAUUACUCGCUACGAAUCCGUUGAUAAGUACACCCUUGGGCCGCCAUAUCUCACUCCGAUGUUUAAGCGCAAAUGCAAUCAUCGAGAACAACAUACCGUACCAGAAUCAACUCCCCCCAACACUUGAGCGGUUCGUCCGGAUGCAUGAUUCGAAAUGA